AUGGAGUAUUAUUUAACGCGGACAUAUUUAAACUAUUUACCACAUCCUAUAAACAAUGAUGUUAUUACAUCAGUUUGUCUAUCAAAAUCGCAUAGAUUAAUAAAAGUUUGUCGACUAUAUUCAUUACUCGAAGCUGAAGAUUUAAUCAAACGUGAUGAUAUUCGAAUAAUAUUUCUUGUUCGGGAUCCACGGGGCAUGGCUGCUUCAAGAAUGAGGUUUACUAACAUAACCACACCAAAUGAACACUUCAACCAAGUUAUUUAUGGUGAAUUUAAACUCCAUCCAAAAAUGGAAGAAGUUGUCUCAGAUUAUUGUCAUUGGCUUAAAGUUAAUUACUUCACACCCUUAGAGCACCCGGUCUGGUUAAAACAUAAAUAUAUGAUGAUAAGAUAUGAAGACUUGGAGAGAAAACGCAAAGAAACAGUUACCAAGAUUUAUAAUUUUAUUGGACUUAAAAUGCGGUUUGAUGUCUUGAAUUCGAUCUUUGGUGAUGGAGAACAAUUUGAACAAUAUGACCUGACAGAUAACAGUGAACAAUGGAGACACAAAUUGAAAAUGGAAGAAGUAGUACGAAUUCAAGAGGUGUGUUCCAGUGACAUCUUCAAAAUGUUCAGCUAUAUCUCAGUUGCUAAUGAAAAGCAGUUAUUGGAUAAUACCACGUCUUUAGUUGGCGAUCUUCUUUAUAACGUUGAUAGCGUCUGA